GCCAAUUCAAAUUCCAUAUUAAUACUCAACCAUAACAAAAGACACUUUAGCAUAUUUCCAACUAAAAUUCUUCCAUUUUGUCGCUACCAAUGGAAACUUCUCUAGACUCAAUCCAUCUUUUGGUUAAUAAAGUGAAGGAAGAGAUGUUUUCACGAGUAAAAUCUGAGCAUCUUCAAUCAUUUGUUUCACCAUCUGCAUAUGACACUGCGUGGGUAGCAAUGAUUCCUCACCCAGUGGAACAUAACACCCCAUUGUUUAAGGGCUGCCUUGAAUGGUUAGUCGAUAACCAACAUGAAGAAGGCUUCUGGGGAGAAUCCAUUGUUGAUCUUCCGACCAUUGAUGCUCUUCCUACUACUAUUGCUUGCAUGGCUGUGCUCCAAAAGUGGGGACUCGGUGCAAAAAACAUAGAAAAAGGGUUGAAUUUUAUACAAGCAAAUAUGGUGGAGAUGCUUCAUGGCCAUGGUCCUCGUCUUCCUCGCUGGUUCUCUAUUGUUUUCCCCGCAGCUAUUGAGCUUGCGGAAUCAACAGGUUUAGAACUUCAGUUCAGUGAUCAGACGAAGUCACUAAUUGCUGACAUAUCCGAUCGAAGGGAAAAAAUUAUUAGCAUGGAAAAGAUUGUUGAUAAAUGGCAGAACCUUCCAUUACUGGCUUACCUAGAGACACUUCAGUCAACAAAAUAUCAUGUUGAUCAAGAAACCAUCACAAUGCAUUUGAGUGAAGAUGGCUCACUUUUUCAAUCACCAGCAGCUACCGCACAGGCUUACAUGUCUACCGGAAACCAAAAGUGCCUUGAGUAUCUGAAUUCACUUGUUGAAAAAUGUCCAAAUGGAGUUCCACAAAAGUACCCGAUGGAUAAGGAACUUGUGGAACUCAGUAUGGUUGAUCAAGUGCAGAGGCUAGGCUUAUCCGAGUAUUUUUCGGAUGAGAUUGAUUACAUCCUUAGAAAAGUAUACAGGAGUUAUAAGGUCCAAGAAUAUUCACCGAAAGAUUACAGGACCAUGGCUGAAAAGUUAUACAAGGACUCCUUAGCUUUUCGACUUUUUCGUAUGCAUGGGUAUAAUAUAUGCCCAAGUACCUUUUGUUGGUUCUUACAAGAUGAUGAAAUCUUGCGUCACCUAGAGCACAACUAUGGACAAUUUACAAGCUUAUUGUAUAGUGUUUAUAAGGCGACAGAUGUUAUCUUCUUUGAAGAAACUGAAGUGCAUGAGGCAAGAUCAUUUUCCAGAAAAAUGCUUCAGAAAAUCUCGGCCACAAAAAACAUACAUUAUGACAAUAUUGUCAUAUUCCCCAAUUUAUUGCAAAUGAUUUGUGAAGAGCUGAGCACACCAUGGAUUGCCAGACUUGAGCAUCUUGAUCAAAGGAUGUGGAUUGAACAAAACAAAGAAGGACCAUUGUGGAUUGGGAAGGCCUCUUUUUAUAGAUUGUCAUGUGUUCAUAAUAUGGACCUCAUGCAACUUGCACUACAGAAUUACAAGUUCAAGCAGCUAAUUUACCAAAAUGAACUAGAAGAACUAAAAAGGUGGUCCAAGAAGUGGGGACUUACUGAAAUGGGAUUUGGUCGAGAGAAAACAUUGUAUUGCUACUUUGCUAUUUCAGCUAGUACUUCUUUACCUCAUGAUUCUCUUAUACGCAUGUUGGUGGCAAAAAGUGCGAUCUUGAUUACUGUUGCAGACGAUUUCUUCGAUAUGAGAGGCACUCUAGAAGAGUUGCACCUUUUGAUGGAUGCUAUUAAUAGAUGGGACGGAAAUGGUUUAAGUGGACCAAGCAAGGUGAUCUUCGAUGUGUUGGAUGAUCUUGUGAAAGAUGUUACAAAGACGUUGGUCCUUCGCGGAAAGAUCGACUUAACAGAAGAUUUUAGAGGCCUGUGGAGAGAGACAUUCAACUCAUGGUUAACAGAAACUACAUGGGGAAAGAGUGGCUACAUCCCUUCAGUGGAUGAAUACUUGCAAACUAGUAUGAUCUCCAUUGCUACACAUGUCUUGGUGCUGACUUCCUCAUGUUUCCUGAAUCCAAGCUUACCUGAAAACAAAGUCAAGCCACAAGUAUAUGAGAACAUAACACAAUCACUAAUGGCUACUACUCGACUACUAAACGACAUUCAAAGUUACCAGAAGGAAAAAGAAGAGGGAACAAUGAACCUUGUGUUGCUUCAUUUCAACCAAAACCCAAAUGCAAGCAUGGAUUGUUCAAUCUCUGAAGUGAAAAAGUUGCUAGAGGAAAAAAGGAAUGAGUUGCUCAAACAUGUUUUUACAGAUGAUGAUGAUGGUGAUUUUCUUAACCAAUGGAGGCACCUUCAUUUGUCGUGCUUCAAGGUGUUUCAGAUGUUAUUUAACUCUGGAAACCUAUAUGAUACAGACUUUGAACUACAGUCAGACAUUGAGAAAGCCAUUUAUGUUUCCCCAAAGCCUGAAUUUCCCAAAUAUAUACAGCCAAAUACAACUUUCUAUGCAGCUCCAAAAAAGAACAACAUGAUGAUCAGUGCUAAGUAUGUUCAAAUCCCUAAUCGACAUCUUUCUAAAAAGGCCAUGUGUAAUGUGGGCUCUACAGUGCUAAACUCAACUACCUUUGGCUUAUGCUUCAUAUAAAGAUCGGAAUGAUUAUCAAAUCGCAAAAAAAAUGCUUGACUUCUAGUGAACUAAGUAUAGCUACAUCCGUGCAAUCCUAACGUGUCCUUUUGAAUAUAUUUUAUUAGUUUAAGUGUGUAUGUAUGUAAUUCAAUAAAGGUUCUCUUUCAAAUAUGUUGUGUUAUAUACUUGUCCUAAUAAUAAUAUAUGGUACGUUCAACACAAA